AGGUGCACUGCGUACUAGUAGGAAAAGUUAUCACAAGACACAAACAAGGUCAUUGAGGCAAUAGGCUGCGUCACGUGGGGCUUUGAUAAGAGACAAUAUAGAAACGAACCUGCAAACGUUGGCAAGACGAUGACGUAUCAAAUCCAAACAGUUCGAGGACCAGUUCUACCUAACAAACUUGGAAUAACAUUGACCCAUGAGCACUUUUCUCUAACAUUUCAAAAGUUUUAUGUGGAGCCACCACAACAGUUGCAAAAUUAUUUGCAUGGUGGAAUUACUCUUGAAAAUGCUGGCGUUAUUAGACAAUAUCCUUACAGCAAUAAGUAUAAUCUCACAUUUGAUGACAAGGAAACACAUGCUGCUGUUCUCACAGAAAUGCAAAUGUUUAAUGAAUUUGGGGGAGGGACCAUUGUAGAGAAUACAUCACAUGGUCUUAACAGAAACAUACCUCUCAUGAUUGAAGUUUCACAGAAAACUGGCAUCCAUGUUGUAGCAGGCACUGGUUAUUAUGUGGCUGGACUUCAGCCACAGAGCACUCUACAGAUGUCUAUUGAAGAUCUGGCCAAUGUUAUGCAUAGUGAGCUCACAGAAGGUUGUUUUGAAGACAAAAGUGUUAGAUGUGGUUUCAUUGGGGAAGUCGGAUGUUCUUGGCCUCUGCAUGAAUUUGAGAAAAACGUUAUUAAAGCUACAGCUGAGGUUCAGAGCAGUCUAGACUGUCCUGUCAGCUUUCAUCCUGGCCGUCAUCCAAAAGCACCAUUUGAAAUAAUGCGACUGUUUGCAGAAGCUGGUGGUAAAGCUGGAAAAACAAUAAUGUCACACUUGGACAGGACAAUUCUAGAAACAGAAACUUUGCUGGAAUAUGCUUCACUUGGAUCAUAUCUACAACAAGAUCUUUUUGGGACUGAAUGCUCUUGGUAUCAGCUUGAACCAAACACUGAUAUGUUGUCUGAUGCUCAAAGAAUACAAAGGAUUGUUGAACUUAUUUCAAAUGGGUUAACAGAUCGCAUACUUAUGGCACAUGAUAUUCACACAAAACACCGACUGGUUAAAUUUGGAGGUCAUGGAUUUUCACACAUCAUAAAUAAUGUUAUACCCAAGAUGGAAAUAAAAGGCAUUGAAAGAGAAAAAAUAAAUCAGAUACUUAUGAAAAACCCCCAGACAUGGCUGUCAUCAAAAGUGAUAAGCUAAAGAAUAACUGGUUGAAAGUUGGUGCCAUAUUUCUGGAUAUAUAAUGCAGUUGUUAUGAAUAUAAAAUGUAGUAUAUUGUGAAACUGUGUAUUCAUGUGUACACAAAAUAAUUCAGCUUCAAAUAAAUGGAUGUCGUUUUUUA